CAGACAGACCGACGGGUGGACCUUGGGGUUGACCAUGCGGAGGACGGUGGGCAUCUGAGUGGGGCUCGGGGGGGCAGACCCGGCUCCCCCUCACCACCCCCCCCCCCCGCCCCCUCGGGACCCCUCUAGUCCAGGAGGCAGGGGGGAUGGCGGAUUCGUGCAGGAACCUCACCUACGUGCGGGACUCGGUGGGCCCAGCCACCAGCACCCUGAUGUUCGUGGCGGGCGUGGUGGGCAACGGGCUGGCACUAGGCAUCUUGGGGGCGCGGCGACGGUCACGCCCCUCGGCCUUCACCGUGCUGGUCACCGGACUGGCCGUCACCGACCUGCUGGGCACUUGCUUCCUGAGCCCCGCGGUGUUCGUGACCUACGCCCGCAACAGCUCGCUGCUGGGCCUGGCCCGGGGCCGCCCCACGCUCUGCGACACCUUCGCCUUCGCCAUGACCUUCUUCGGCCUGGCCUCCACGCUCAUCCUCUUCGCCAUGGCCGUGGAGCGCUGCCUGGCGCUCAGCCACCCCUACGUCUACGCCCAGCUGGACGGGCCGCGCUGCGCCCGCCUCGCCCUGCCUGCCGUCUACGCCUUCUGCACCUUCUUCUGUUCGCUGCCCCUGCUGGGCCUGGGCCAACAUCAGCAGUACUGCCCGGGGAGCUGGUGCUUCAUCCGGAUGCGCGCCACGGAGCCGGGCGGCUGCGCCUUCUCGCUGGCCUACGCCAGCCUCGUGGCCCUGCUGGUGGCCGCCAUCGUCCUCUGCAACAGCUCCGUCACCCUGAGCCUCUGCCGCAUGUAUCGCCGGCAGAGGCGCCACCAGGGCUCGCUGGUGCCCGGGCCCCGGGCGGGAGAGGACGAGGUUGACCACCUGAUUCUGCUGGCUCUCAUGACGGGCAUCAUGGCCGUGUGCUCCCUGCCUCUCACGGUCCGAGGCUUCACCCAGGCCAUCGCCCCGGACAGCAGCGAGGUGGGGGACCUCCUGGCCUUCCGGUUCAACGCCUUCAACCCCAUCCUCGACCCCUGGGUCUUCAUCCUCUUCCGCAAGGCUGUCUUCCAGAGGCUCAGGACCUGGUUGUGCUGCCUGUGCCCCAGGCCUGCCCACGGCGACUCGCAGACACCCCUCUCCCGGCCCGCCUCGGGGAGGAAGGACUCAAGGGCCCCCACUGCUCUUGGGGGGAAGGAGGAGAGAUGGGUGCCCCUGUCAGCCUGGGGCGAGGGGCGGGGGGGACGCUUACCCCAGGCACAGCUAUCCGCCAGCACCACGGGAACGUCAUCCAAAGAGGGGUCGGCGGCAGCCUGUUCCCUCUGCUGA